AUGGAACCUUUAUACGGCACAAUCACAGCGGUGCACCUGUUGGGUCUGACCUGGCACCUGCGUCACGGAGAGAACCAUCUGUACGAGAACGGCCUGAGCUCAGCUGACCAUCAGAUGGACGAGCGCGGAAAAGCUCGUCCCACCAGCUCCAUCCACCUGCUGGACACACUCAACCCCGAUAACACACACGCCGGAGACAGAGAGAAAUGGGUGCGAGGGAAAGCCAUCGACAAAGGAGAGGUAGACGUUGGAACGCAGCAGAACCAGGCCAUCCCACCCGGUCUGUUCUGGAGGUUCCACAUGACCGUGCACCACCCCACCUACAUCAAGUUCAACCUGUCCCUGUCCCACAAUGCACUGCUGGGGGUCUACGGCCGCAGGAACAUCCCACCUACUCACACACAGUUCGACUUUGUGAAGCUGCUUGAUGGGAAGGCCCUGCCCAGGUCGCUGACUGACCCCGUGUCGGCUGCCAAAACCCCCAAAGGGCUGCUGCUGAGUGGGUUGCAGGAGACCGGCUUUAUCGAGUACAUGGACCCCGGGACCUGGCACCUGGCUCUCUACAACGACGGACGCAACCUUGAGCAAGUUUUACUGCACAGCACACCAAUAGAUUCCAUGGACGGCUGCUCCACAGACUGUAAUGGGAAUGGAGAGUGCGUGGCCGGACACUGUCACUGCUUCGCUGGCUUCCUGGGUCCAGACUGUGCCAAAGAUUCGUGCCCUGUGCUGUGCAGUGGUAAUGGUAUGUACGAGAAGGGCCGCUGCGUGUGUCUGCCCGGAUGGAAGGGGGCUGAGUGUAAUGUGGAGGAGGGACAGUGCAUCGACCCCACCUGCUCCAACCACGGCUCGUGCAUACAGGGCAUAUGCAUCUGCAGCCCUGCCUACAAAGGGAUCAACUGUGAGCAAGUGGACUGCAUAGACCCCCAGUGCAGCAGUCACGGCGUGUGCGUGCGCGGCGAGUGUGUGUGCCAGGCUGGGUGGGCUGGCCUGAGCUGUGACGACCCUCUGCCCGCCUGUCAGGAGCAGUGUUCAGGACAUGGUACCUACCUGCCAGAGACCGACUCCUGCACCUGCCAACCCAACUGGACUGGCCCCGACUGCUUUACCGAGCUGUGUCCCGUGCCAUGUGGCAGCCAUGGCGUAUGCUCUGAGGGCCAAUGCCAGUGUGAGGAGGGCUGGGUCGGCGCCGCGUGUGACCAGCGCUCCUGCCACCCGCGCUGUGAGGAGCACGGCCAGUGCCACGAUGGGACGUGUGUGUGCCAGCCCGGCUGGGAGGGCGAGCACUGUAACAUCGUCACUCAUGACCUGGACGUGGUUGUAAAAGACGGCUGUCCUGGGCUCUGCAGUGGACACGGGCGCUGUACGCUGGAGCAGAGCGGCUGGCGCUGCGUGUGCCAGGCCGGUUGGAGUGGGCCGGGAUGCAGCGUUGUCAUGGAAACUGACUGCAGUGAUGGAACAGACAACGACGGAGAUGGGCUGACUGACUGUGUGGACCCAGAUUGCUGUGAACAGUUGAGCUGUGGUUCUGACCCUCUGUGCCAUGGCUCCUCUGACCCCCUGGCCCUGCUACAGCAGAGCCCCCUGCCCCCCACCGGCCCCACCCACAGCUUCUACCGCCGCAUCCGCUUUCUCCUGGGCAAGAGCGCCACGCACACCCUCCCUGGAGAGGUGCCCUUUGAUACCAGCCGUGUGGCGGUAAUUCGUGGAAACGUGGUGCUCCAGGAUGGGUCUCCUUUGGUGGGAGUCAACAUAACCUUCCCACAGCAUCCGGAGUACGGCUACACAAUCAGCCGGAAGGACGGAAGUUUUGAUGUCGUGACAUUGGGGGCCAUGUCCGUGACCCUGAUGUUCCAGCGUCCGCCCUUCUUGCCCCAAACUCGCACCGUGUGGACACCCAACAACAACUUCCUGGUUUUGGAUCAGGUGACCAUGUCCAGGGUGGUGGUGGAGAUUCCAACGUGUGACAUCAUGAACGUUCUGAGUCCGUAUCCGCUGGUGCUGCCCUAUCCGCUGCCAAGAUACACAGGAGCUUGUUCCGAAAAGGGGGCCGCGAUUCCAGAGCUGCAGGCCGUCCAAGAGGAAGUUUCCAUCCCUGGUGCUUUUGUCAAACUCAGCUAUUUGAGCACUCGAGCAGCAGGCUACCAGUCUCUCCUCAGGGUGCUGCUCACUCCCCCGUCCUCCUCGUCUCCUGUGUCCCCCCUGGGUGGGCUCUCUAAAGUCCAUGUCCGAGCAUCGGUGCAGGGGCGGCUCUAUCAGCGGUGGUACCCUGCUGGGCCCGGACUGGUUCACAGGCUGGUUUGGAACAAGACGGACAUCUACGGACAGGAAGUGUGGGGGCUCACUCACGCAACAGUGGCAGUUGGUUAUGAGUUUGAGUCCUGUCCUGGAGCAAUUCAAUGGGAAAGGAGGACAGCGCUGAUGCAAGGAUUUGAACUAGUGCCAUCGAACCUGGGAGGAUGGUCCAUGGACAGACACCACUCCUUUAACAUGCGCAGUGGAAUCCUCCACAAAGGAAAUGGGGAAAAUGUCUUCCUGUCCCAGCAGCCCCCUGUCAUCAGCACCGCCAUGGGAAACGGCUUCUACCGCAGUGUCCCAUGUGGGCCAAGCUGCAGCGGCGCAGCCCGGGACAUGAUGCUGUUUGCCCCUGUGGCCCUCGCCAGUGGCCCUGACGGCUCUCUCUAUGUGGGCGACUUCAACUUCAUCAGGAGGGUCCACCCUGACGGAUACACCCGGACCAUUCUGGAGCUCAAGAACCGAGACACCAGACACAGCACCAGCCCAGCCCACAAGUACUACCUGGCAAUGGACCCCAUGGGAGAAGUGCUGUACGUCUCAGACACCAGUAGUCGGCGAGUGUACCGUGUCCGCAACCUGGGCCAGCCCAAAGAUCCGUCCCGCAACCUGGAGGUGGUGGCUGGAACGGGCGAACAGUGUCUGCCCUUUGACCAGAGCCACUGCGGGGAGGGCAGGAAGGCCACAGAGGCGGCUCUCAACAACCCACGAGGCAUUGCAGUGGACAAAAGUGGCGUGGUGUACUUUGUUGACGGCACAACAAUACAGAAGAUCAACGAGCGCGGCCUGUUGUCAACGGUGAUCGGCUCCAGCGGCCUCAUGUCCACGCAGCCGCUGAGUUGUGACGCACGCAUGGACAUCAGCCAGGUGCGGCUGGAAUGGCCAACAGACCUCGCCAUCAACCCCCUGGACAAUUCUCUGUACAUCCUCGACAACAACAUUGUUCUGCAGGUGUCAGAGAGUCUUCAUGUACGCAUUGUAGCUGGACGUCCCAUUCACUGUCAAGUCCCAGGGAUCGACCACCAUCUGGUGAGCAGGGCAGCAGUCCGGGCCACGCUCGAGGCGGCGAAAGCCAUUUCUAUGUCCCACCUAGGAACUCUGUACAUCGCAGAGACGGACGAGAGGCGCAUCAACCGCAUUCAGCAGGUGUCCACAAAUGGAGAGAUAUCGGUCAUCUCUGGAGCUCCCACUGACUGUGACUGCAAGAUAGAUCCCAACUGCGACUGCUUCUCUGGAGAUGGAGGCUACGCCCGUGAUGCCCGCCUCAAAGCUCCUUCCUCUCUGGCCGUGGCCCCCAAUGGGACCCUGUACAUCGCUGAUCUGGGGAAUAUCCGGAUCCGAGCAGUGAGCCUCAACCAGCCGCAGCUCAGCACCGCUGGCCUGGUUGAGAUCAGCUCCCCUCUGGACCAAGAGCUCUAUCUUUUCAGUCAGAACGGCUCCCAUUUGCACACCAAGCACCUGAUCACGGGCCACUUCCUGUACAACUUCACAUACGGUACAGAUGGGCAGCUGUCGGGGGCCGUGUCCCGGGACGGGCAGGGGCUGCAGGUGCGGCGCGAUGCCCACAGUGUACCCUUGUGGCUGGCUCUACCUGGAGGACAGGUGUACUGGCUCUCCCUCAGUAACAGCGGCACUCUGAGAAAGGUGUCUGCUCAAGGCCACGACAUCGCCCACAUAUCCUACCAUGGCAACACUGGUCUCCUGGCAACCAAGAGUGAUGAAAACAGCUGGACCACAGUUUAUGAAUACAACUCCGAGGGCCGUGUGACCAACAUCACCAAGCCAACGGGAGAGGUCAGCGGUUUCCACGGUAACUUGGAACGUUGGUCUCGAGUCGAGGUCGAGGCGUCAAACCGUGAAAACUUUGUCACCAGCACGAACCUAUCGGCCAGUGACACUGUCUACACCUUCAGACAAGACCAUGCCCAGAGCUCAUACCGGGUGAGCGCUGACGGGUCCUUCCUGGUGUCUCUGGCCAAUGGGAUGGAGCUGACCCUGAGCACUGAGCCCCUUCUGCCCGGAUCCUCGGGGGGUGGAGUCAGUCCCAUCGCCAGCCGCUGCAACAUCAGUUUGCCGGGUGACCACGCCCCCAGUCUCAUCGAGUGGAGACAGAGGAAAGAGCAGAGCAAAUCCAACUACACCACCUACGAACGCAGGCUCAGGGCACACAAUAGGAAUCUACUGUCUAUAGAUUUUGACCAGAGUACUCGAGUUGGGAAGAUCUAUGAUGACCACAGAAAGUUCACGCUGCACAUUCAAUACGAUGUCCUGGGACGUCCUGUGGUGUGGUCUCCAAGCAGCAAGUACACAGAAGUAAACAUCACGUACACAGGGGGAGGGCUGCUGUCCUCCAUCCACCGGGGGGAGUGGUCCGAGCGGCUGGACUACGAGAACGACAGGGUGGUGUCCAGGGCCUGGGUCAACGGGAAGAUCUGGACCUAUACAUACGCAGACAAGUCCAUCAUGCUGCUGCUCCACAGCCAGCGCAGAUAUGUGUUUGAGUACGACCAGACGGACCGCCUGGUGGCGGUGACCAUGCCCAGUAUGGUGAGGCACAGCCUGCAGUCCCUGCUCUCUGUGGGCUACUACCGAAACAUCUACACCCCUCCAGACAGCCAGGCCUCCUUCCUCCAAGACUACAUGCUGGACGGUCGCCUGCUUCGAACACAGUAUCUGGGAACCGGACGCAGCGUCAUCUACAGGUACACAGCAGCAGCGCGGUUAUCAGAGGUGGUUUAUGACUCGUCUUUGGCCACAUUCACUUAUGACGAAGCCUCCGGGACGGUUAAGACCAUUCAUCUGACUCAUAACGGCUUCAUCAGCUCCAUACGCUACAGGCAGACAGGUCCCUUGACCAGUCGUCAGAUUUUCCGUUUCAGUGAAGAAGGUUUGGUAAAUGCUCGGUUCGACUACAGCUACAACAACUUCCGAGUGACCAGUAUGCAAGCUGUGAUCAACGAGACCCCACUGCCCAUCGACCUGUACCGAUAUGUGGACGUGUCUGGGAGGGUGGAGCAGUUUGGGAAAUUCAGCGUCAUAUUCUAUGAUCUCAAUCAGGUCAUCACCACUCACCUCAUGAAGCACACCAAGGUCUUCAACUCGUACGGGCAGGUGGUGGAGGUGCAGUAUGAGAUCCUGAAGUCCAUCGCUUACUGGAUGACCAUUCAGUACGACUCAGCGGGGCGCACCACCACCUGUGACAUCAGAGUGGGCGUGGACAGCAACGUGACGCGCUACACCUACGAAUAUGACGCCGACAGUCAGCUCCAGAGCGCCUCUGUGAAUGAGCGGCCGCAGUGGAGGUACAGCUACGACCUCAACGGAAACAUCAACCUGCUCAGCCACGGCACAAGUGCAAGGCUAACCCCGCUCCGUUAUGACCAGCGUGACCGCAUCACACACUUGGGCGAGAUCCAGUACAGCGUGGACGACGACGGCUUCCUCAGGCAACGAGCCAACGACCUUUUCGACUACAACUCCAACGGCCUCCUGAUCAGAGUCUACAACCGAGUCAGCGAACGCACCGUCUGGUACCGCUACGACGGUCUGGGGCGCCGGGUGGCCACCAAGUCCAGCGAGGGCGGGCAACUGCAGUUCUUCUACGCCGAUCUCUCCCAACCAACAAGAGUGACACAUUUGUACAACCACAGCAGCAAUCUUAUCACGUCUUUGUAUUACGACCUCCAAGGACAUCUUAUCGCCAUGGAGCUGAGUAGUGGGGAAGAGUAUUACGUUGCCUGUGACAGCACUGGCAGCCCAAGAGCGGUGUUUUCAAGCAAAGGACGACUGGUCAAAGAAAUCCUAUACACGCCUUAUGGAGAAGUCUAUCAAGACACCAAUCCAGACUUCCAGCUGGUCAUUGGCUUUCAUGGAGGGCUGUAUGAUCCCUCCACACGAUUGGUGCACCUGGGAAGGCGGGACUAUGACACGCUAGCAGGGCGGUGGACCUCGCCCAAUCACGAGCUGUGGGCGGAGCUGAGUAAAGAGCCCAAGCCGUUUAACCUGUACGCCUUCAAGAACAACUGCCCCGUGGGACGAGUGGAGGAGGUGACGAAGUUCACAACAGACAUUGGGAGUUGGCUGCAACUGUUUGGAUUUCAGCUUCAUAACGUGGUCCCAGGCUUCCCCAGGCCUGAGGUGGCCAGUAUGGAGCAAACGUAUGAACUCAUGAAGACUCAGACCAAGACUCAGGACUGGGACACUUCAAAGGUGGUGUUGGGGAUCCAGUGUGAGCUGCGUCGCCAGCUCAGAAGCUUCAUCUCUCUGCAGCGACUGCCCCUCGUCUCUGGGCCCGUGGGCUCCACCAACCAUAGACCACCGCGCCCGCCCCCCUUUGCCUCCAGGCCCUCUCUGCUCGGCCCCUCCAUCCGAUUCGCGGUGUCUCACGGCAGAGUCAGCGCAGAGGUCAUCGGCGUGGCCAGCGAGGACAGCAGACGAGUGGCGGCCAUUUUGAACGGUGCCGUCCACUUGAGCGGUCUGAGCUUCACUGUGCAGGGUUGCGACAUGCACCACUUCCUUCAGUCCCGGCCAAUCGAGGACGACUUGGCGUUGGGUCUAGGGGUGGGGGGCCGCGUCUUGGAGGGAGGCGUGAAUGUGAGCGUCUCCCAAAUGAGUGCAAACGUCAACGGCAGGACUCGACGCUUCGCCGACAUCACUCUCCAGCAGGGGGCACUGUGCCUGUGUGUGCGCUACGGUGGCUCAGAGGAGGAGGAGUGGGCACGCGUACGUGAGGAAGCGCGGCGCAGGGCGGUGGAGGGCGCGUGGGACAGAGAGCGCCGGCGCCUGGAGCAGGGUGACACAGGCACACGAGCCUGGAGCGACGCAGAGAAGCAGCAGCUCCUGUCCACGGGCCGUGUCCCGGGAUACGACGGUUACUACUCCCUCCCUGUAGAGCAGCAGCCCGAGCUCUCCGACUGCGCCGCCAACGUCCACUUUAUGACUCUAAGCGAGGUAGGGGGCAGACUGCGCUGCAACCUCUUCCUCACUGAACCAUAUGCUUAUAGCUCUGCUCCGACGCUGCCCGACUACGCCACGGAGCAGAAUGGAUGGAAUGAAAUGUCCGGUUGCUAG